CGCCCCCCUCAGCGCCCCCGCCCCGCCGCCAUGAGCCCGCCCCCGCCGCGCGCAUGCGCAGGCAGCGUGGGGGCGCUGCGGGAGGCGGACGGGAAGAUGGCGGACCUGGAGGAGCAGCUCUCCGAUGAGGAGAAGGUGCGUAUAGCAGCAAAAUUCAUAAUUCAUGCACCUCCUGGGGAAUUCAAUGAAGUGUUCAAUGAUGUUCGGUUGCUGCUUAAUAAUGACAAUCUUCUCAGGGAAGGAGCAGCCCAUGCAUUUGCACAGUAUAACUUGGACCAGUUUACUCCAGUAAAAAUUGACGGUUACGAUGAACAGGUUUUGAUAACAGAACAUGGCGAUUUGGGAAAUGGAAAAUUUUUGGAUCCCAAGAACAAGAUUUCUUUUAAAUUUGAUCACUUAAGAAAGGAGGCUACUGAUCCUAGGCCCCAUGAAGUUGAAAACGCCAUAGAAUCCUGGAGAAAUUCAGUUGAGACAGCAAUGAAAGCAUACGUGAAAGAACACUAUCCAAAUGGUGUAUGCACAGUGUAUGGUAAAACAAUUGAUGGACAGCAAACCAUUAUUGCAUGCAUAGAGAGCCAUCAGUUCCAAGCAAAAAAUUUUUGGAAUGGCCGUUGGAGGUCAGAAUGGAAGUUUACAAUCACACCUUCAACCACUCAAGUGGCUGGCAUCUUGAAAAUUCAGGUUCACUAUUAUGAAGAUGGUAAUGUUCAGCUUGUGAGCCAUAAAGACAUACAGGAUUCUCUAACAGUGUCUAAUGAAGCCCAGACGGCGAAGGAAUUUAUAAAAAUUGUAGAGGCUGCAGAAAAUGAGUAUCAGACUGCUAUCAGCGAGAAUUAUCAGACUAUGUCAGACACUACUUUCAAGGCCUUACGUCGACAGUUGCCAGUUACCCGCACCAAGAUCGACUGGAACAAGAUUCUUAGCUAUAAGAUUGGAAAAGAGAUGCAGAAUGCUUAAAACAAACGUUGCAUGACUGGAUCAUUUUAGUGUCCUUGUAUACGAAUAAAUUACAAAAGUAUUUGGAACUGUCAGAUCACCCAGUCAGCAUGGGCUUUUGCCAUGGAAAAUCACUGUAAGUAGUUUGGUUAGAGCACAAAGCUUAGCUAAUUGAUCUCUUUUGUUUUUUCUUUCUUUUCAGAGGGUUGCAACUUCAUUGUAGCUGAGUAUCUUCCUUUAGAGUUUCUGUUGUACCUUUAUUUGUUUUUUAUAAUGAAGAAACCAUGCCUUUAGUUUUCAAUUACAAGUUAAGAACAGUUUGAAAAUAUUUUUGCAUAUAAUAACCCUUUCUCUUGCUUUCAUGUGAAACGGACAACUUCCAAAAUGUGCUGGAUUCCUUGCGGAGAUCAGUAGUGUGCAUUUCUAGGUCAAGGUCAACAUGGAGUUAGCUAUAGGUGCUGUUGUUGAAAUCAUCUACCCUUUAAUUGUAUGUAAAACUGAGAAAGCGUUUUCUAUAUUGUUUAAACCUUUCAGCAUACUUACUUAGCUAGCUCCGUGUUAACUAAACUUAAAAAAGAAAAGACAAGGCCAAGGUCUAAUGCUGUUUCAAGAUUUUGAAAUUAAAUAAAGUUCUUAUUUCAGAAAUUCAUUUAAUGCUUUGAUCCUGACAGUUACUUAAAUGAGCUCAAACUCCAUCUGCCCUUGAGUUUUUAUCAUAAAGCCACAAAUGUAUUAUAACAUGGCAUAUUGUAAUAUAUAUAAUCCUGUACUCAUUACCAUGUCUGUCAGUUUAUUUUUUUUCUUGGAUUGAAAUGUACUAAAACUCAAUGUGACAUUAAAAUGCAAAUUUUCUAUUUAUUUGAGUAUCAAAUUGCUUCCUGACACGGCCUAUUUUUUUGCUAUUUAUAUAUAUUUUUAAAGGGUUGUUUAAAACAGCUACAAACUUGUGGCCCGUUGGCUAUUUUCAGUGCAUUUGUGAUUUGCUGCAAUAUUAUCAUACAUUGUUUCCAUCUUCAUUUAAGAAACAUCGACCUGUGGAAGUCCACUUGAAAUGUGUAUCUUAGAGCUUCAUAUGGAGGAAACUACAAGCCCCAGAAUAACACAUUUAUACUUUCCUUGUCCGAUAGAUCUGGUAUUGAAAAUGGAUGUCAGGUAUUUAAAAGCAUAAGCAAAAGCUCUCAUUACAAAUGCUGUAUUUCACUUCAAUGAAUUCAAGAUUUCAUUUUUAAUUGGAUGGAAACCUGUUCUAAAAGAUGCUAUCUAAUUAUACGCUCAUGGUGGAAAAAUAAACGGCUUACUUUUUUUUUUAGAAGGUAGGUAUUUAUUCAGACUCCUGAAACAGUAGAGCUUACACAAGGGUUGUAUAUUUUUGUUUACAAUAUGAUCCAAUUAGUCACUUUACACUGUAAGUUACAGAAUAGCAAGAGAAGGAAUCUCAGCUUGUACUGAAUAAAAAAAAAAAGUACACAGUAGUUUACUGUUUGAAGUGUAAUAGCAAUACCCCUCUAUACCAUUCUUCAAUGCUUAUAAUAAAAGGGGCAUAGAGUCAACUAAGUGCUUGAAAUUGCUGCUACUUUACAGUACUAAACUGUAUAGUAGAAACUGUACUAACUUGUAUCAUAGAUAGCAGUCUUCCUGGAGAGUUUUCCUCUUAAUUGUCUUUGUAGAUCAGCUGUUGAACCACGUUGUUGUUUAAAAGAAAGCUUAUAAAAGCUGUAUGCAAGCUGAUAACGGAUCCUGAGUCAUUGUCUUGUCACUCUGUCAAUCUUCAUUAAGAUCUAAAUACAAACCUUGUCACAGUAUUUUCUUCAACAUAUACUUAAGAGCAAGCUAAAGAAUAAAA